CGUGUAGUGUCCAUCGUUUCGCACUAGAUUUUUGGCCGAGUUUAGGGCAGCAUCCGGGUACUUUCAGUGUUUUUACUGAAGUUUCUGUGUCAGCGCACUAAGCACUUAAAUGUAGUGUUGGAAGUAUAGAAGUGCACCGUUCGGGACACAACCAAUGUCAUCUCCCGGCCAUGUUCAGACCUCACUGUUUCCAGCUGCUGAUGCUGUUCAAGGAGGAGGCUCCGUCCCGCCGCUCCGUGGCUGAACUCGCCGGAAGAUUCAAAGACUCGGGUCCGCCACAGAAGAAUGAAGCCGAAAAACCGGUGAGGCGACGACCACCUCGAACUUUACAGCUUCCCAAACUACAUGGAGAUGAGCUGGAGGCUCCUCCAGACGUCACCUCUCCUCAACCUCCCAAAGCCAAGAGGAACUCUGCUCUGAUCGAGAAGCUGCAGGCCAACCUCACUCUGUCUCCCACGGGGCCCCCUCUGAAGAGUCCAGGACUCAGGGUGCUGCCUCUCGCCUUCACCCCACCUUCACCUGGCUCAGCACCAGGUACCAUGGCAACCAUGUCGUCCUCAACAACUCCCACCAGCCCUGUCUCCACCUCACAGUUAACAGAAGGCCCUGCCUCCUUUGAAGCCCAUCCCACUGCUGUGGAGGGAAACAUCUUGACGAGCAUCAACAAGAGCCGAGCUCGAGUAUCCAUCCGGCGUCGUCCUCCGUCCCGCCGCCACAGGAAGUCCAGCAGUGGAGAUGAGGUCGGUGGAGACGUGGGCCGUGGAGACGUGGGCCGUGGAGACGUGGGCGGAGGAGACAUGGGCAGUGGAGACGUGGGCGGAGGAGACGUGGGCAGUGGAGAUGUGGGCCGUGGAGACGUGGGCAGUGUUUCCUCCGACGUGAACCCGAGCUCCCCGAUGGAGGCCGAGGAUAAAAGACCAGGAGGAGGAGGAGCUGAGGAAGAGGAAGGAGAGGAGGUGGUCAAGAAGGAAAGCGAGACAGAAUCUUCAUCACUCCUAGAAAAAGAUGAAGCCCAUGAAGAAGAAAAGUCAACGAGCAGCAGUGAUGUGAAGGAGGGAGACACAUCUUCAUCACAUGUGAAGGAGGAUGAGGAGGAGCAAACAUCUGUAGAUAAACAGAAGGAAGAUUCAGCCAAUGGAGGGAUGAAGGACAGAGAAGAAGACGAGAAGAACCAGACUUCGUCCUGAUGAAGAGUCAGUAAAGUCACAGCAUGAUGAUGAUGAUCCCCUGGAGUGCUGGGAGGGAGACCCUGUAGCAGUGGGGCAAUAUAACUGUGGACACUGAGGAAACGAAGGUCUGAGAAACUCUGAGCUGACGUUGCCAUGAUGACGUACUGAAGUAACUUGUAUGAAGGUCCAGGAGGAGGAGGAAGAGGAAGAGCAGCUGUGGCGUUUCUACAAAGCUUUUAUAGCCGCGGAACCGGAUUUAGACAGUUUUUACCUGUGCCGAUGCUCGUUUAUCAGUUUCCUUUACAGCUGAUGAAGAUGAUGAUGAUGUGAGGGAAAACCUGAAGCUUAUUUUUAUAAAAAAAAAACAAUUUAUAAUUUUUACAGAAGAGACUGAAAU